GCAAUUCUAAAGAAGGCAUAGCAUUUGCUCUUUCUCUCUCUCUCUCUCUCUCUCUCUCUCACACACACACACACACACGGCCUUGUUUGUCCAAAUACCAGCUUAUAGUAGGGUAUAGAUAUAGAUACAGUAAAAAUGGUUUAUUGGAGACUGCUUUUCUUCUUUUCACUUACCCUCAUCACCAUCACCAUUACCAUCACCACUGCUCAGCCUAAUUUCACAUUCAGUUACUGUGUGCCUAAUACAAAUUAUAGCACUACUACUACUUAUGUGGCAAACCUUAAGACCCUCUUCUCUUAUCUCUUCUCAGCCAUUGAUAGUUAUGGAUUUUACAAUGCUUUUCUUGGCCAAAACUCUGAUAGAGUUAAUGCAAUAGUGCAUUGCAGAGGAGAUGUUGAACUCGGUAUCUGUCAUAGCUGUGUCAAUGAUUCUACUCAUAAGCUCAUACAAGUUUGUCCAAACUUCAUGGAAACAAUUGCAUGGUAUGAUUACUGCAUGUUAAGAUUAAAUUAGUCACGAACGUUCCAGCAAUGUGAUUUUCAUGGACAUCCACUUAUAAGAUGCCACAUAAGCAAAAGUAUGGUCCACAAUAAUUGUAUUUUUUUCACAAAUUUUUUACUAUCCUUACCUAAACCCACUUGCAUCCUCUGCAACCUCGCAAUUUGGAUCCUUCAGCAAAGCCCGUAUCAUCUAUAUCUACAGCCAUCGACGGACGUUGAAGAGUCCAUGAAGGGUAAUUAUUUAGUAAUUUCAGAAUAUGGACACGUGACAUUCCAUACUAUUAUGAUUGGUAGAGAAGGUGGGUAGGUGGGUAUUAUAUUGGGUGAUUGGGGAAUAUAUAUAUAUAUAUUUUGAAAUAGCGAAAGAAAUUUUUUAUUGAUAAUGAUCAAGCAAAUACAUUGACAAUUAUCAAUAGAAAGACAAAGAGCAAAGGCUAACAUCACCCACAGUUGGUAAGACACCAACCCAAGGGAAAGCAGAAUACAGCUCUACUCCCCAAACAUCAUACCAGCAGCCCAGAACAAAACUAGAUCAGCAGCAAAGAACAAAACCAGAUCAACAGCAAAGAGCUCUAUGCCAGCAGCCCAUAACAGAUCUACACCCCAAACUCCAUACCAACGACCCAGAACAAAGCCAGAUCAACAGCAAAGAGCUCUAUGUCAGCAGCCCAAAAUAGAUCUACUCCCCAAACUCCAUCUUAUUUGUCUCAGAUUAGUCAAGAAGUCUUGUAUAGUGAAAUUAAAAUCCUUGAAUCUUUGGUUCAGCCACAGUGCAACUCUAAUUUUAAUCAAAUCACACAAGUCCUCUAACUGAGGUGUAGCAAAUUCGAAAAUGCACUCAUUUCUAAGUUUCCACAGAGACCAUAGGACAACCAAGGGAAUGACCUUCCAUAUCAAUUUUUCUUUUCUGUUCAAAUUCUCACAUUCCCACCAAUGAAAUACAGCUUCCACAGAACCUGGAAGAGCCCCCUGUAACUCUCACCAAUCCAUCAUUGCAGCCCAAACUUUCCAUGCAAAAUAGCAAUGCAGCAGCACAUGACUGGAAGAUUCAGCCUCAACUUUACAGAAAACACAAAAGGGCAAGAGCGUUAGCUUGAAUCACUCCAAUUUUCUAAAGAAACUCUACUGUCUUGACUUUGUUUUUCCAGGCUAGCCAGUAGAAAAAUUGAACCUUUUGAGGGGCUUUGUUCUAGACAAACUUACAAGUAAUAAGUGAGGGGCCAAGGGAGUCAAUUUCAUUUUUAUAGACAAAGGAGAUAGAAAAUAGACCAGAUCCUUCAGCUAACCAGACUAGAUUGUCCUCCAGAUCAUUACAUAAAUCAGUUGAAAACACCAGGAGCACUUUGAGCCUACAUACUUCCCUCUCUUCCUACUCAUACAACCUUCUUCUGAAUUGAAAGUUCCAAUCCCCUGAAUCAACCCUCUUGACAUACAUUGAUCUCAGGGUUUCCUCCUUCUUCAUCACCAAUCUAUAAAGAAUUGGGAAUUCAUCUUUCAAGCAAUAAUUGCUACACCAUUUGUCUUUCCAUAAAUUGGUUCUUUUACCAUCCCCUACCUUGAUUUGAACAUUAUUAUAAUAGAACACCAUCAGACUAUUACUCCUCUCCAGUAUGGAGAUGAUUCCUUUCCACACACAAGAGAACCUUCUGCUAGGGAUAGAAGAGGGGGACCAGCUUUUAUCAUCCAGAUUAUAC